AUGAUUCUGAAGAGUGACGGGGUCAUCCCACCGCCCCCCGCGGCGCCCGCACCCGAGCCCCCCGCCACCCUCACCCAGGUGGACGUGAGGAGUCGUGUGGCAGCCUGGUCAGCCUGGGCGGCGGAGCAGCAGGACUAUGAUAAACAGCCUCAGUAUUCUGACCAGAAUGAACCUUCGGAGAUGAUGGCUACCAGAGUGGAUCGAGACGUGCAAAUCCUGAACCACAUUCUGGACCACAUCGAGUUCUUCGUGACCAAACUGCAGAAAGCGGCUGAGGCCUUCAACGAGCUCUCUAAGAGGAAGAAAUCUAAAAGAACAAGAAGAAGGGACCCGGAG